AUGGCUCAUGAUAUGACGCUGGGCGAGACUGUGGAGUUGUAUCCCAAGAAGGCUAAUGACUGGAUGGCGAGAGGUUGGAAGGAGGCAACGCGGUGGGGAUUCUGUGGGGAGUUUACGCCAGUGGAUGAGAUGGAUGAUAAAGGACAGCAUGCACAUGUUACGGGAUCUCAUGAGGUGCACGAGUCGACAGGGCCUGGUUCUAAGAUCCUGUCGAUUGUACAUCUCGAGCACAAGGAGGAGGGAAAGAAAGCAGAACUUCAUAGUCUACCGUUAUGA